AGAGACUUCUCAGGUGUGGUGUUAGUUCUGGACUGCUCAGAGAAGUCACAUAAUGAAAGGGGUUGUGCUGUGUGUGGUGUUACUGAGUGUAUACUGCAGUGAUGUGCAGGGGAAGCAGUGUAACAUGACUGGUGUAUGGUCGAAUACACUGGGGUCAGUGCUCACACUUCAUAUGGAUGGUCCUCAUCUUGGUGGUUCUCUGCACUCUUUUGUGAAGCUCUCUCAAGGGGGUGCAGGUGAUAAGACCGGAAAGCUGAUUGGAGAACUGAUUGGAGUUGUUGGGAAAGGGAAAGAGCCAACAUUUAGCCUGUCUAUAAGCUGGAAAGGAGGAGAAACUGUCACUGCAUGGGUUGGCCAGUGCUUCGUAAAUGCUCCUUGCCCUUAUCUUCACUCAAUGUGGCUACUAAGAUCGCAAAGUACAGAGGAAGAGGACUGGAAAGCUACCAGGAUUGGCGGAGACUACUUUUAUCCUACAAAUUGUGAUGUAAAUGAACUGCCAUAAAAUAAAUAUUGUGAUGAAAUGGA